ACGUCGCUGUAUUGGUAAGGUCAGUUUACUACAUGCAAACGGAGCUAACUCUCGGUUCACUUGCGAAGAGAGCAAAGCGAAAAUCAUUCCACUCGAACGGAGAAGCUCAUCUGUGACGGAGAUAAACCUAAUAGUAACCGUGAGCUUGACAGUGUUUAUGGGUCACAUCUUUUGCCCUGAUCAACGAAACAGUUUCAAAAGUAAAAGUUUAUUUGCAUUAGGGACCAUAGAUAAAGCAGCCAACCAAUUUUUGGAUGACGUGGUGAUAAGUUCAACAUACAAGGAAAACACUGCCUGCAAGCAUGAAUAAGAACAACGGCCAUACGGCAGCAGUCGUCGGAACAUCCCCAAGGUUGAAUUUGUUUCAGGAAACGGUGAUACGAUUGUUGUUGUUUGCCAUUUAUAUUUACUUUGAAAUCAAGGAUCCUUUCAUCCGUCAAAUUAACCCGGAUGAGAUGUGGCUUUACAAAAACCCUCGGACUGAUAGUUAUGUACCGUUGACCAUGCUCUACCCGUCGGUAUUCGGUUUGUCGGCCAUUAUAUUCCUGAUAUACUACAUUCGCAGCAGUGAUUUUCAUGAUUUUAAAUCGGCCUGGUUGGGUUUGACGUUGGCAUGCACAUUGAACGGCGUGGUUACACAUUCCAUUAAGGUGGCCGUUGGUCGACCCAGGCCAGACUUCUACUAUCGUUGCUUCCCGGACGGGGUGAUGAAUGCGGACAUGGUGUGCAGUGGAGAGAGUCGAGCCGUGAUGGACGGUCGUAAAAGUUUUCCCAGCGGGCAUGCUUCCUUUGCUUUCGCAGCCUUAGCAUUUAUUUCAUGCUACCUGUGCGCGAAGCUACACGUUUUCACCGAACGAGGGCGAGGUCAAUCCUGGCGAUUACUAACAGCGGCUGCACCGUUGUUAGCGGCAACAAUGAUUGCCAUUAGUCGAACCUGUGACUAUCAUCAUCAUUGGCAGGAUGUCGCAGUGGGAUCACUGAUUGGGUUGGUUGAAGCGUAUCUCUGCUACCGACAGUACUAUCCGCCGAUAACCUCAAACCUUGGAUUUCGCCCCUACAUUUGCGAAAGAAGAUCACAAAGUCCUAGUCGGGCAAAGCCGGAGUCUUCCAUCGUGAAUUCCGAACCUGAUAGUAAAGCACUGCUAACACCAGAAGAAAAGGACAACAAAUGGACCUAAUUGAUAGCAAAAGAAUAGAAUACGUACUAGAUGUAUAUUUAAAUUCUUCCAUUGUGAUCGGUUAACAAAGGUAUUGUUUCAACAGGAUUAUUAAAUUAUUAGAUAAACACGAAUUUAUAGUUGAAUCUCCACCUAAGCAGUACAACUGCUAUUAAAAGUGACGCAGUAACAGGUUUUACAAAUAUAUACAGUACUACUCAUUUUCAA